AUGGCGCGGGGCGGGGCCUGGGGCCGUGCGGGCCGCCCCCAAACAUCCGCUUCCGGGGCCGCGGCCGUCGCGCUUACGGCGUCUGUGGACCCGCCGGGCUGUACGCACUGCCAGACCCGGGCACCCGCGGCCCCUGAGUUGCAACCCCUCUCGCCCUGCUGCCCGCCGCCGGCGCUCUGCUGCCCGCCCUCCCAGCCAGCCAUGCUGGAGCAUCUGAGCUCGCUGCCCACGCAGAUGGAUUACAAGGGCCAGAAGCUAGCGGAACAGAUGUUUCAGGGAAUUAUUCUUUUUUCUGCAAUAGUUGGAUUUAUCUACGGGUACGUGGCUGAACAGUUCGGGUGGACUGUCUAUAUAGUUAUGGCCGGAUUUGCUUUUUCGUGUUUGCUGACACUUCCUCCAUGGCCAAUUUAUCGCCGGCACCCACUCCAGUGGCUACCUGUUCAAGACUCAGGCACAGAAGACAAGAAAUCAGGGGAAAGAAAAGUUAAGAGGCAUGCUAAAAAUAAUUGAUUGGGGUUUUCAUGAUUCAGUUUUACUGUUGCACCUGCUUUUGUUUCAUGUGAAAUGAACUAAAUUGUUUUCAUACCCAAAACAUAAGCCGAAAACCGCCUAUGCUCUUAUGACACAGCCGUGUAUAGAAUUUGUUCUCCUUGUUUUUCACUUCUCAGUUGGGUUUUGAUUUAUAUGUAUUUCAAACUGUCUUUUCAUAAUCUUCCUCUGCAAUAGAGAACAGAAAACACAAGUAUGCAAAACUGCUUUCAGGUCUACAAAAAUAAUAAAUCCCUCAUAAUGGUAAUACAAUGUGACUAUCAAAGUUUUUUAAUUCAUUGAACGUUAAGCUGUUUUAAUGUUUUCAAUUAAAACUCAGUACAAGUCUGUAUCUAAAGAGUUUUUUGUUCAAAACUAAUAGUGAAGGCCAAAUUUAGAAGUUUGUGGUUCUGAAAAUGUCAGUAAGCACUAUUUCUCUUUUGUGUAGGUGCCAAUUUUGAAUGUCUUAAUAAUAGCAAGUACCUUUGAAAAAAUUUAUUAAUGUACAUGUGUGGUAAAGUAAAAUUUACCUGAGGUAGACCAAGGUGAAAACUUACAAAGCUAUAAAUUCAUUUUAAAUUUUCCAGAGGAUUUAAGGGAAAUGUUCCAAUGGUCUCGUAUGAGUUAUGGGAGUUGGAGGUUAUUAUAAGUAAUAUUCUAUUUCUCAAUACCAGGAUUCAAACUUGCAAACUAGGAGUUUAAAAAAGGGAACAAAUAAUAUAGCACAAGUCAGAAAAAGAAAAAUUAAGAAGGCAGAGUUAAGACUAAGCAUGGCAGCUAAGUAUAAUAAAUGUGAUUUAAAAGCUAAGAGCAGGCCUCCCUGGUGGCGCAAGGGGUUAAGCACGGCACUGUGAAGCUAUCCACAGGCUUUGUAGCACCAGUUUGAUCCCUGGCCAGCCAGGGAGCUACCCACAUGGCACAGCAGACCUCUCCUGUUUUGCUCGCUGCUUUCCUCAGUAGUGUAUUUCAGUCAGUCUGCCUGAUAUGUUCCCCACUCUGUCUCUGGUGAAUCCUCUUACCCCCCGAAACCGCUGGCCUGUACCCCAGUUCUUGUAUGCAUAAAUAAAUAAAUCUUUAAAAAAAAAAAAGUUAAGAGCUUGCAAAUAUGGCUAAGAAACAAGUUACUUCAUCUUUUCAAAAUGAUAUGAGUGGGGUUAGUGAAUAAAAAUGCACAUUUUUGUGCUUGUAGUCAGACUCUAAUAGGUUCUGAUAAACACCCACCAAGUGGAUCAAGGUCUCUGCUUCUACCUUAGCUGAGAGAAAAGUUUAAUAUGUUUGGGGGUAUAAAAAGAAGGUUGAAAAGGACUAAUCCUGACCAAAAUCAGUUGAGAAAGCAGUAGAAACACAGGAUUUCAAAUAUUUUCAUUAGGUAUUUUUGAGACAUGUAAUUUCUUCUUUUUUUGAAAAAUCACAGUUAAUGUGUGGCCUCAUUUGCCUGCAGUUUUAUGAUUUAAUCAGUCUAAGACAAUUAUACUUGCCUAAAAAGAAUUUCCACAUUUUAAAAUAAAAAAUUACACAGAAAGCAAACAAUGACAUCUAAAAGUUGAAAGAAGAAACAAGGACAUAAUACGCUGAUGCAAGGAGAAAGAAGGGGUAAAAUGAGUCAGUCUUAGUAUCAGCAAGCAUUAAAUGGAGCAGAGGACAUUUCAUAGCUGCCAAGAUGUCACUGUUAGAAAUCAUUUUGCAUUGAAUAAGAUGGGAAAUGUGUAAAUCAAAGAUUCACAAAGCUACACGCUUAGUAGGCAACAUUUUCCCUUUCCGAUUUUUUUUUUUAACUGAGGUAACACUGGUUUACAACACUGUAUGAUUCAAAGGUAUCAGUUCAUAUCUCUUUAGAUGGUAUGUUAAUGCCUUUCACAUUUUGCUAGGUCAAAUGGACAGGUGAUUGAUAGGAAGAUUUUUGCACUUGUCUUCUGUACUGGGGACAUUUUUCUUCAAAUACACAUAAUUUUUUUUCAUUCACUUUUUAUCCAGAUAUCACAAAAAACAACUCUUUCUUACUACCCUAUCAAAAUAAAGUAGUAUGCUCCAUCAUUCUUUAUCCACUUGGCUUGCUUUAUUU